AAUGAUUAAAUUUUCCCCAAUUAUUUUUCUAAAUUUAAUAAUUUUUUCUUUUUUCCUUUAUGAAAUUAAAUCAGCGAAUAUUGAUAAAUUUAAAAUACCUGAGAUUCCCAUUCAACACAGUGUUAGUAAGCAAAGAAUAAUGGAACCAGCAGCAUUACAAAAAUAUAAAGAAUGUGUUGCCAUAUGUGCCCACAAAGAAUUUAAUAUAUUUCCACUUGGACAAAAAGCAGGAAAGCACAAUUUUGGCUCAAUUCAAAAAUGCUCUGAUGGAUGUAAUAAGGGAAAAUAA